UCCCCCCUUCCCUCUUCCUGUUCUUGUUCAACGUUCUCGUCUCGUCAUCUCCCAAGCAGAGUGUUGUUUUUCUCGCGCAUCCGAAGAAAACGCGAUGCUGUGAAGUCAUCAUUAUCCUAUUUUUGCCUACGAACAAACGAAAACGCUUAAGUUAGGUGGUGUAUCCUUCAUCCUCUAGAAUGCCCAUCAACCAGUAGCAGUCGCAGCGAAAGAUGAACGGCCCGUCCCGCAGUAAGUUCGGUCCGCUGGUUGGGGUCCUGAACGUGGGCCACUCCAACUGUAAAUUCUUGAUUUAUGCAGCGCGGAAUGCCGAGGUGUUGACCUGUCACGAGGAGCCGCUGGAGGCGCACUCGCCCCAAUCCGGAUGGGUGGAGUUCGAUCCGGCGGAGAUCUGGGACAGGAUUCGGGUCUGCAUGGAGCGGGCGGUGCAGAACCUGGAACUGCUGGAAAUCGAUCUGCGCGACAUGGUGGCCGUUGGGGUGUGCAACCAGCGGGAGACGAGUGUCCUGUGGGAUCGGGCGACGGGAGAGGCGUUAUGUAAUGCGGUUGGAUGGUGCGACACCAGGACUUCCGGUUUGGUGGCGGGGCUGCUGGCGAGGGUGAAGGGGAAGAUUAACUUCCUGAAGGCGGUUUGUGGGCUGCCGUUGGCCAAUUGUUUCAGCGCCGUGAAGGUCCGGUGGAUGCUGGAUAAUGUUCAAGGAGUGGAAGGGAAGGAGGUCUGUUUCGGUACUUUGGAUAGCUGGGCGGUUUGGAACUUGACCGGUGGAGUGAAUGGAGGAAUUCACAUGACGGAUGUGACGAAUGCUUCGAGGACGAUGCUGAUGAACUUGGCGGAUCUGCAGUGGGACGCCCGGUUGUGCCAUUUUUUCAAGAUUCCUAAGGAAAUUCUCCCGCAGAUUCGGAGCUGUGCGGAGAUCUACGGAUACAUUAGCGAGGGACCGCUGCGGGGAAUACCGAUUGCUAGUUGCAUGGGCGAUCAGCAGGCGGCACUGGUCGGGCAAAUGUGUCUCAGCGCAGGGCAGCUAACGUGCAACGUGGACGAAGGAUCUUUCCUUCUCUUCAACACGGCUCAGGAAAUCAUCGACUCGGACAAUGGCCUGCUCUCGACGGUGGCCUUCAAGCUGGGUCCGAAGGCGAAAACUUUCUACGCCUUGGAAGGUGCCAUUCCUCAUGCGGGAAGUACCCUCAGUUGGUUGCAGGACAACCUUAAGUUACCCGGCGAUUCCAACCAGAAUGGAUCGCUAACGCAGAGCUUUUUGGGCGAUCCGGGAGGACCGUCUGCCCUGUUGUCAUCGAUCUGCUCGAUGAGUUCCUCGUUCGGGGCGUUUCAGAGCGAGACCGGGAAGUUCAAGAACCCGAACUACGAAGUUAUUCUGGUCCCGGCCUUCAGCGGUUACUACACGCCCUACUGGAGGUACAAAGCCCGUGGCAUGCUGUUCGGAUUGACCCUCCAAACGACGGCCCAGCAGAUCCUGUUCUCCGCCUACGAGUCCAUCUGCUUCCAGGUGCGUGAGGUUCUGGAAUCGCUCACCAAAGACUGCCGAACGUGGCCGGCCGUGACGAAGCUGGUCGCCGGCGGGGAUCUCAGCGAGAAGCCCUUCCUGAUGCAGAUCAUGGCCGACCUGUGCGGGGUGGCCAUCGAACGGCCACAAACCUCGACGCCGGCCUGCCUCGGAACCAUGCUGGCCGCGGGGCUGGCCAUGGAAAUACUCACCCUGGACGAGUUUCGAGCAUGUUGCAUUCCGCCGACCGAUCAGUACACGCCGGCACUCAAUUCUAGUCAUCGUGAUAUGAAAUUUCGCAAGUGGAAAAUUGCAGUCGAUCGUUGCCUAAACUUCGAUUCCGUCUCGGAGACGGAUCUUUCCAAAUUCCAGCAGGAGGAACUGGAUCCAGAGUACUCGGUCCGCUGUUCGAUCCCCGGUGGGAUCUACCUAAUUUCCUCGUUUGCCCUCAUCGUACUGGCGCAGAUUCUCCAACAGAAUCGAUCGGCCUCCUAGGUGCGCAGGAUUAGGGGGUUUCUGUUUGUUCCUUUCGCGAGACGUUCCAACGAGUUCAGAUACCUAGUUGUUUGCUUCUUGCCCCCGUUUCUCUUCGAAAGCUGUUGAUGACACAAACUAUCUUUUAUUGUAGGAUAUGUAAUUAGGAAAAUUGCGACGCUUUGCUUUUU